AAAGCAUCGAGCUUCCUCUUGCAGCCACUCUUUUGUCAAAGACGGCGAAGUGAGAAGGAUCUCUGAAAUCUGCUGCACAGGUGUGGUGUCACAAUGAAUAAAAGCCAGAAAAACUCAGGAACUACGGUGUUCUACAAGCCGCCUACAGAUGCUACAAAGAUUAGAUCUGGAUAUUUAAUAAAAUCUCCUCCCCAUAAACAUAUGCAGAAGGAGAAAUCCUGGAAGAGACGUUAUUUUGUUCUCUACAAAAUCAGUGAGAAUGAAUAUUACUUCAAGUACUUCAAGAAUCCAGAGGACACUGACGAACCAGUUGGAGGCAUAGAGUUGUCAGGAAUCUCACUUUUAUAUGGGAACCCUGAACAUCACCAAAAAUGGGGAUCAGUCCCGAAGAGCUUCAGAGGCUCCCCAUCCUGCGUGCUCUACAUCAGGUCUGCAGAAAAGGAAAGGGACUACUUCCUCGUUGGGCAGUCCAGUGAGGAGGUGGACGGCUGGUUUAGUGACUUGUUUGACGCUCUGAAAAACCGGCCAUAUAAAUUUCUCAAUACAGAGGAAAUACCCAAUGGGCAGGCAGCAGUUGAGCAGAUUUGUAUUUCAGCCCCUUCUAUGCAGAAAAAUGAUUGUGCUGCUGAGUUUGAAAAGGUACCCUCACCUACAGGAGGAACAGGCCCAAACCAGCCCAGAAGAGCCUCUUUGCCACCUCCUUUACCGAAGCCCAGGUCCAAGUCUGAUCCAUCCUCAGAUGCUUUGGAUAAUGACACUGAAAUACCAAAGGAUGGAAAUUAUUCGAGAAGAUGUUCUGAGCCCGUGCCUCCAAAGUAUGACAUUCCCAGAUCUAACAAAAGGCUGAAUGGUGUAUGUGAAGCAGAAAGUGUCGUCAGCACGGAGUCAGUAUAUGAAACGAUGAAAAUUAUUAUUCAAGACGAUGACCGUGAAGUUGCAGAGGUUAACUCUGGCAGCCUGUUGAGGUCUGUCACUCAGGUCUUUGACCAAAUGAAGACACAGGUUUCUCCUACAUCUGCAGAUGAGACAGCUGCUGAAGACAGAGAAGACAAACGUCAGUCUUCAGAUUUCAGCAGCAGCUCCAGUGGUGCCAUUUCUCCUGUAGAGAACCUGGAAAGGAAAAUAUCCACCAACUAUGACCGCUUCACUGCACAAGAAAGAGAAUUUGAGGUGACACCAUCAGAUUUGAAAAAACACCUGCAACUAACAGAAGUGGAAGGAAGGCCAAGUGUGUCUGGGUGGACGGGCCAGCCACAGUCUGUGUGCCUGUUCCACAAAGGAGACCAGAUCUUGGCAAUUAAUGACUUGCAUAUCUGCAGCGUGGAAGAAUUCAACAUGUUCACCAGCAAGUCACUCAAGAAUGAGGUGAAACUGACCAUCCUGCGUCUACCUGGAUGCCAACCGCUUCAUUUGCCAAACUGCCACUGCAGCGAUUGAGAUGUUUACUUCUUCACUAUGUGUCUGUAGGUGUUUCUUUGACUCUAUGAUGGGUUUUUACUAUGUACUGACCACUUUAAACAGCUAUAGCAGUAUUUUCCCAAGUCUCUGGCCACUUUAUUGGUCUGCCACUCAGUCAGCUUACUCCCAUUGGGAGUCCUAAAAGGGUUAAAAUAAGAGUUUUUGCAUUAUACGUAAACAGAUCAAAUAUUUCUUAUUAGUGCUUGGUGUGUGAUUUAGUCUGUGCAGUGUGUGUUGUGCAAAUUGUAGAUAAGAUGUUAAUUCUACAGAGUUGAGUGGAAAAUUACGAAGGCAAUGCUUUACUGAGAUAUUUCCUCAUACCGACUGUUUGAUGCUUUAUGUAACUUCGGGUUCAUGACGCAUGCUUCUAUGCAAUCAAACAAGAUUUACAAUGUGAAAGCCAUGUUUUUAAGAAAUUUUUAAGAAAUUUUAAGAAGUAAACAUGAAAAUGCUUGCUAUUGAUGAUGUUUUAAUUACCUUUAGCGUAUUUAUCUUGAAGGUAUUUGUUCAUUAAUCUUUUUUUUUAAUACUUAAAAUGUACACAAAGCUUAGCAGAGCCAAUGGAAAUGCCAUAAAGGAAAGACGUCUUGUAGCUGAAGACAUGAGCUGGAUUCUCUCCCAACAUCAAAUCCUCUGACUUCUUUAUAAAUUCUUUACUGAGUAAUAAGUUCAAAGAUAGCAGGAAAUGGCAAUAAUCAAAGCUGCAGAUCAAAGCUGUGGCUUGAUGCUGGGUAAGUUGUCUGACUGGAAUGGAUGCCAGUAAAAUAGUGGUGAAACAUCUUUAUUAUGCCAAGUGUGUAACAACCCAAACCUGUUAAUCUGGAUUUGCUUACAAAAAGAAACAGUCGUACUUUAAUUUUUUUUUAUUUGAACUUUGAUUACUUUUGUUGCUUUCAGCAAAGCAACCAAAGGUAGAUGAAUUGCGUAGGAAGACACAAGUCUUUUGUCUCACACACCCCUCAGGGAGUUAAAAUGCAGACAGGAUAUUGUCGCUCCUUUUUCUAGUUUAACUGAAACAGAAUGACUCAGUCUGGAACUCUGCAUAAGUUACAGUCCCAGUGUAAUGAAGGAAUAUGUGUUGUGCAAUAUAUUUUUAGAAAUCUUAAUUUUAUGCCUAAAGUUUAACUUGUAACUGCUAAUAUUUCUCUGAAAUUAAUAUUCAGACGGGGUUUUCUUGUGUGAAUUUUGUAUGCAAAGUUAUUAAAUU